AUGACUACGAGGAAGCAAGCAACCGCCAAUGCGCAGGAGUCCAUAGCAUGGGGAACCAAGAUCGUCGGUGGUGUCACGCCCGGCCGCACCAGUGAGCAUCUUGGGCUACCAGUGCUGCCCAGCGUCCGAAAAGCAGUCGAAGAGCUCAAGCCCGAUGCUACGGGUAUCUACGUGGCUGCCCACCAAGCGCCGGCUGCAAUCGAAGAGGCUAUCGAAGCUGAAGUGCCUCUGAUCGUGGCCGUGGCCGAGCAUAUUCCACUGCACGACAUGUUGCGGAUCCACUCGAUCCUCAAAACGCAGUCAGCUUCAAGACUUGUGGGUGCCAACUCGCCAGGGAUCAUAUCUGCAGUUGGCAAGUGCAGAAUCGGCUUCCAGCCGUUGCCCUGCUUCAGCGCCGGACGAGUUGGUAUCAUUGCCAAGUCAGGGACGCUCAGCUACGAGGCCGUGGCGUCAACUACGAGAGCUGGACUCGGUCAGAGCCUCUGCGUUGGCGUCGGUGGAGAUAUACUCCCUGGGACAGACCUGACGGAGGCCCUCUCCGUGCUCGAAAAUGACGAGGACACAGAUGCCAUAGCAUUGAUAGGAGAAAUAGGGGGCAAAGGCGAGAUCGAAGCUGCCGAGUGGAUCAAAGAAUACCACGCACGUACAAAGAAUCCGAAACCAAUUGUGGCGCUGAUUGCCGGUGUGAACGAGGCUCGUGGCCGUAUCAUGGGUCAUGCGGGAGCGUUUACACUAUUCGGAGAACCGGAGGCGAAGGCAAAGAUCGAGGCGCUCAAGGCAGCCGGAGCCACUAUGGUGCACCACCCUGCCAAAUUUGGUGAUGCCUUGAGGGAGAGGUUGCAAGGCAGUGUCGGAGAUUUGGAACGAAUAUCAAAGCGGGCGAAUAGAGUCACGCAACAAAGAGGUUUGCAUACUGCCGCACGUCCAAGCAACAGAUCGAGCCAGAGCCUUUCGAAAACGCCCGGUCUUCAGCAACGAAGGAACAUAUACCUUUCCGAAGACCGCUGCUUUGAUCUUCUUCGCCAAGAAAGCGGUAUAAAUGCCGGACAAUACUCCGGAAAGGGGGAGCGUCGUUAUCUGGCCAUCGGCAUCGAUCGAUCCAGGAGGUCGCCUUGCAUAAUCGCUGCCCCAUCAACUGACCCAGACUCCAUGCAACAACAAGUCCGGAGAUUCCCAUUUGACUAUAGAGCGGGUGUGAAGGGCUUGGAAGUGGAUCGCAUCGCGAGCCAUCUGGGCGUCUCUUGGAGCACGGUGGAGUCUUUACGUGAGGUCAUCAAGGGGCUUGUGUCCCUAUUCUAUGCCAAAGAGGCGUUUCUGCUGGAAACGAAGAUUGUCGAGCGACUGGGAGGUAUCAAGAUAGUGAACGCAAACUUUGGGUUCGACGAUGCGGCGUUUCGCAGUAACAAGCGUCAGGAGGAUAUACAGGCAUUGCGAGAUAGCAAAAGCGAAGACCCUGCGGAGUUGGAGGCCGAGAAGAACGGAAUAGUCUAUAUCAAGCUGGAAGGUGACGGGAAGAUCGGCACUCUUGUCAACGGCGCCGGGCUUGCCAUGAAUACAGUGGAUGCACUGGCAGAGGCUGGCGGACGAGCAGCAAAUUUCCUCGACACAGGCGGCAAGGCGACGAGCGAAACUGUGAAGAAGAGUUUUGAGGUCAUUCUGCAGGAUCCACGCGUCAAUGUUAUCUUCGUGAACAUCUUUGGUGGCCUGACGCUAGGAGAUAUGAUCGCAAGAGGGGUGAUCCUUGCUUUCAAAGAGACCGCAAUCAACGUCCCGGUAGUUGUACGUAUAAGGGGGACGAACGAGGAGGAAGGGCAAAAGAUCAUUGCAGAGAGUGGAUUGCCACUCUUUGCCUUUGAUGACUUUGACGAGGCCGCAGCGAAGGCAAUUGAUUUGUCACAAGGGUGA